CUCGAGUACCAAUCCCAUGGUCGCAUAGUAUUUUUAAACAUCGUGGACUAGACAAAACACUAAAUGCUUAAAACGUGGAUUAAAGUACUGCAACCCAUACAAGUGCGCGCUGCAAAGACGGAUAUAAACUGCAUUAAAAAUUAAACGAAUCGUGUUUGUGUAUUAGUGUGAUGCGAAAAGUUUCUCAUGCGCCAAAUUGGCAAAAGUCAAAUGAUUAAACCGCCAACAUUGGCGAAUUAUGUGAAAGUUUAAAUUUGCAGGGAUAAAUAAGUUUUCAGCCAUUGCCACUGAAGGAAAAACGAAGCAAAAAAGCUUGGGAUAACGAGCCGAGGCAGGCAGAAGACCAACCCAGAUUUACAAAGUUCGUGCCAUAAAUCUGCAGCUCGCAUGGAAUUAAUAUCCAACUAGGAGGUGGGCGGCGGCGCAGGAGUUGUGCUGCACAUGCAACACACAUUAGUGGGUCACUCGAAGAUGAUGACGCUGCUGACCGCAACCACCACCGCAACAGCAAAAGCAACAACAAUAAUAACAACAACAGCAACAACAACAAGAGCCACUUUAGUCGUCUUGCGGCAAGAGGGGAAAAUUAUAUAAAAUUAUCAUGCAGGGCAGGCAGCUAUAUAGUUGGCCACUCGACAGCGGCAGGCGGGACAAGGCUAAACAUCAGCUGAAGGAGCACAAGCAGCAGCAGUAGCAGUAGCAGCAGCAGUAGCGGUGGAAGGAGAGCAGCAACAUUAGCAGUUGCCGCAUCAGCGACCGGCGACGUAUACGUAAUGUGCGCCAUGACGUAUACGUAAUGUGUGCAGAAGGCACCAGUUUGGCCAAUUUGCCCAGGCAAGCGCUAAACCACUAAGCCAGCGGAAACGCAAAUAAAAAACUCGGUUGGCAAACUGAAACUAGAAACUAGAAACUGAAACUGUUGACUACUGGCAAGAGGGAACAUCUUGGCCAAAUGGCGAAAGUUGUCAAACAAAUGCGAAUGUGUUGAGCAGCAGACCGGCAGACGGUGUGAAAAUGACAAAAUGGCGAAGUUAACGUUGCCCUGUCUACUGCGGCGAUUGCAGCUGGUGGCGCUGCAAUUGCAACUGCAACCGCAACAGCAACAGCAACAUCAGCAGCAGCAGCAACAUCAGCAGCAGCAACAUCAGCAGCAGCAACAACAUCCGCACGGCUGUCAUUUAAUGGCCAUGCAGCUGGGACAAGCCGUGCUCCUCUAUGGCUGCCUCCUGCUGCUCCACGCCUCCGUUUCCGCCUCUGUCGUGGCCUCGUCCUCGGAUCCAGUUGCCAUCGCAUCCCUGGUGAAUCUCUCAUCAGCAGGGGACUUGGAUGGACUGCCGAAUCGCCAGGAGGAACUCGAGAAGCGCCCGCGGAAACGUGAUGCCGCCAAUGUGCCUGAGGACGAUGAGUACGGCAAUUAUCCUGAAGAUGUCGACGACUUGGAGGCCUUGCUUAACAAUAAGUCAGCUAAGGGUAAAUAUAUCGGAGCACCGUGCAACGAGCUGAAGUGUGACGUAAAGCUGCUACACGUGUCCUGCGACAAGGAAUCACAAACCUGCACCUGCGAACGCAAUUAUCCCGUGCAGCUGGGACUGAUAAAGGGAUGCGCCAAACCUAAAAAACUGGGUGAUCAGUGCUUCUAUGACGAGACGUGCAUCUACAACGACGAGAACUCCCUUUGUGUUCAGGUGCGGCACAAUGCGAUGUGCCAGUGUGCCAGCGGAUUCCACUCCGUGAGCUACGUGAAGCCCACGCGCCGCAUCUUCUGCACUCCAGAUCUCAGCGAACUGAGUUCGGAUCUGCCCACUUUGCUGGGAGUCUCCACGGGCAUCGCCGUUCUGGCCGGGCUCAUCUGCAUGGUGCUCCAUCUGUUCAGCAAAACAAAGUAUCCGCGGCAUCGAAACUACGGGGAUGCCAGCAUUCCGCCGCCCAUUCUCUACUCCAGCGAUACAGGGAUACCGCUCACCGUUCACUCGGCGCGUCCGUCGUCGCGUUCCAGCAUCCGGUCGACGGGAUCGAUUGGCUCCUAUGGCAACCGACGCGCCUCGUCCGGCGGACUGGGCGGGGCAGCCGGCGGCGGAGGAGGCGGGGCAGGCGGGGCUGGCGGCGCAGGAGGAGGAGGAGGUGGGUCAGGAGGCGGCGGCGGCGGCGGUGGCGGCUCGAAGGGCAUCCUGGUGUCGACGUCACGAACAGGUUCUCGAAGACCAAGUCUAGCGUCGGUGCACAGCACCAGUUCCUCGGUGCGCAGCUACAGCAUGAUGCGCUUCGAGAAGGAGACGCAACAGAAGGAGAUCCGGCAGGAGAUGAAGCUGCGACUGGCCCGCUUGCAGCAGCAGCAGCACCUCACGCAGAACAAGCCGCAGAUCGUCAUUGGCGAGGCACUCAUGCAGCACGGCGCCCUCAGUCGCGUCACCAUGGCCACGCCCAGUCCGCUAACGCCCAACUCACUGGACGAGCUGCUGCCAUCGGUGGAUGAAAAUCAGGAGUACCCUCCCAGGCUGGAGACGACGUUCAAGCAAUUCAUACAGCCUCAGGCCGGAGGAGCAGGUGGAUCCUCUGGAGCCGCAGUUGGAGCCGCUUUAAGAGCAGCUGCCUCCCAAUCGUCGCCGGGAAGUACGAACGGAUACCACGGCCCCUGCAGCUCUUCGACUGAGGCCCUCUAAAAUAGUAAUAGUUUCGAGUAUAAGUAGGCCCAAGUUGUAAAUUAGGUCGUAAGUAAGCGAAGGUUUAACAUCUAAUUUGCGUAGUAGACAAGGAUUUGCAUUAAGAGCUCGUUGCUAAAUUUAUUAAAUUCAAAUUGAACGUCAAACGUGUUGUAGUCAGCUUAGAUUAUGUGUAACAUAGUAAGUAAAAUCAGCUACGUUUAAGACUAGAACUAAUAAUAUGAUUAUAAGUGAGUUCUCAAGUUAGGCAGCCUUUGUGUGUAUCAUAAUACGUAGGAGCUAAUCGAAACAUUUUAUACGUGUGUGUAUAUUGUCAUACAAUUUUUGUAGAAGUUAUACAAGCGGAUCGAAGUUAUCCAGCUAGUGAGAAAUGUGGCAGGCCAAGUGAAAGAGGUUUGCGAUUGCAUUGUGCUGCUGAAGAAUUGAUAUACCACUCGGCUUUCACUUACUUAGAUCAACAUGAAUUGAUUAGCUUAACUAGUCUAGAGUUUAUCGUUAGUGUGAGAUAGUACUGAUAAAAUAUACGCAAGAUGAAUUUAUACAAAAUCGGUUUACACAACAGCAGUAAUCUCUUGUAUGAUGAUAACUGUAUCGGAAUAUGCCAGAUAAAUCUAGCUAAAUCAAUAAUUACGUUAAGUCAUCGCCACGAAUUAAAUCAAAAGUGUUAAUAGAUCGAAAUGAGGGAGGGAGGAUAUUAUAGAUUCGGUUCUUUGUAGGAAUAGGAGUCUUUAACGCAUUUUCCGAACGCCGGAUGUGCAAAGUCAAUUUUAGUUUACGACUUACGAAUUUUUCUACAGAGGCGUUUCAAGUGAAUACAAUAAUCGAAAAUGUGUAGAACAAUUGUACAUUACUUACUCAAUGGUAAUACAUAUUAUUUAAUAUUUGAUACCAAGGUUGUUGACUGUAGUUGAUGUUCUCUACAUCGUAAAUCGUUUGGUUCCAUGAUUUACUGUAUCCUAUCUAUAGAUCCGUUCUCAAUAGUACGAAAUACAGCAGCUAUAAAGAUCGUUACAUAUACACCUAUACAAGCGUACACACACAGGUGUACGCCUAUUUGUACUACUAACUAUGCUAUACAUACGACGAGUAGACACAUAUCUGGAGUUCAGUGUUGGUUGAUCUUGGGAGUAAAUAGAAAUAAAUGCAAUUUUGUGUUUUCAACUA